ACCCGCCGGGUCUAGGUAUCGGGGCCCAUUUGCAUCUCCCACCGCGGUUUUGAUCGCGACGGACGGCGAGCCUGCCUGCCUGCCAGCCAGCCAGCCUUAAACCCUACUCGCCCAAACCCACGAGCCCCCCGCCACGCCACCAUGACCGCCGCCGCCGCCGCCGCGAAGGCCGCGGCCGCAACCAUCUCCGCCGGGACCGUCGCCGUGCUCCGCUCCGAGCGGGCCCACGCCGAGGGGGGCGCUGCGUUCCGCUUCCCGGGAUUCUCCUCCCCCGCACCUCCCCCCGCCGCGUCGCCGCCGCCGUCCCCUGCGCCGGCGGACGGACGGCGCGCGGAGGCCCCGGAGGAGGCGCCCAGGGUCUCGAAUCAUUACCCUCGCACAAGCGCGCCGGGGUUCGAUCCCGCCCCGUUGGAGCGCGGGGUCGAAGCCAUAGAUAAGCUCAAGAAGUCACCGAACCCCAAAAAGUUGUUCGAGCUGAUGAAGAAGCAGGAGGAGACGCGCCAGCAGGAGAUCAUUGCGAAGAAAGUCGAGUAUCAGAAGGCGGUGGCCGAGCUCGAGCUUGAGAAGAAGCGGUUAGAUUAUGACGAGAGGAAAAAACUUGCACAACAUCAAGCUCAAAUAAAGUCACAGAUGGCUCGAUAUGAGGAUGAGCUAGCAAGGAAGCGAAUGCAGGCGGAGCAUGAGGCACAGAGGGUUAGGAACCAGGAGCUUGUGAAGAUGCAAGAGGAAUCUGCAAUAAAGCAAGAGCAGAUACGACGUGCGAUUGAGGAGCAAAUCCAGGCACAACGGAUACAGGCAGAGAGGGAAAAGGCAGCAAUAGAUAGGGAAACUACUAGGUUGAAAGCACUUGCAGAGGCAGAGGGGAAGUCACGUGAAAAGAUACUAUCUGAAGAUGUGGACAGGCGUAUGCUUGUGGAGCGGGCAAAAGCUGAGAGGGAGAAGUGGACCCAAGUGAUCAAUGCAACCUUUGAUCAUAUAGGAGGUGGUUUGCGAACAAUAUUAACUGAUCAGAAUAAGCUAGUUGUAGCAGUGGGAGGUGUGACAGCACUUGCUGCGGGGAUAUACACAACGAGGGAAGGUGCAAGAGUAGUCUGGGGCUAUGUUGACCGUAUUCUAGGUCAGCCAUCACUUAUAAGGGAGUCAUCACGAGGGAGGUAUCCUUGGUCUGGUGCCUUCUCUCGUGGCAUGAGUACCAUGACUAGCAAACUGAAGAAUGCAAGCGACUCAGGGAAGAAUGGGAAUGGAUUUGGUGAUGUUAUUCUAAAUCCUUCUCUCCAAAAGAGAGUGAAGCAGCUUGCUAAUGCCACAGCUAACACGAAGCUUCAUCAAGCUCCUUUUAGGAACAUGCUUUUCUAUGGGCCUCCUGGCACAGGGAAAACGAUGGCAGCAAGAGAACUAGCUUGCAAAUCUGGAUUAGAUUAUGCAUUAAUGACUGGUGGAGAUGUUGCACCAUUGGGAUCACAAGCAGUCACCAAGAUUCAUCAGUUGUUUGAUUGGGCAAAGAAAUCUAAUAGGGGUUUGCUCCUCUUCAUUGAUGAAGCUGAUGCUUUUUUGUGUGAACGGAACAAGACCUACAUGAGUGAAGCUCAAAGGAGUGCCCUGAACGCCCUCCUUUUCCGCACAGGUGACCAAUCCAAGGACAUUGUCCUUGCACUUGCCACCAACAGGCCUGGUGACCUUGACUCUGCUGUUGCUGACCGUAUCGAUGAGGUCCUUGAGUUUCCCCUGCCUGGGGAAGACGAGAGGUUCAAGCUUCUGAAGCUAUACCUCGACAAAUACAUAGUGAAAGCUGGCGACAAGCAUGAGAAGAGCUGGCUCAGGUUCUUCCGCCGCCAGCCGCAGAAGAUAGAGGUGAAAGGCAUCACGGAGGACUUGAUACGGGAGGCAGCUGCCAAGACCCAGGGCUUCUCUGGAAGAGAGAUCGCUAAGCUAAUGGCGAGUGUCCAGGCGGCGGUGUAUGGGAGCAAGGACUGCGAGCUCACUCCAGGCCUGUUCCGUGAGGUCGUUGAUUACAAAGUCGCCGAGCACCAGCAACGGAGAAGAUUAGCUGGUGAUGAGAAGAAGCAGAGUGCGUAGGACGACUCAUUUUUGCAUCCGUCCUGUAGCCAUAUAUACUAUAUUUAUUUCUGGAGAGAUUACCUCGACGGGGUAGGCGUUUAUCUUCUUCGUCGUCGAGUUAUUCUCUUGCUGCAGUCCUCACCGCAACAGGGGGUCUUUGGUGGUAGGCGAUGAAAAGAGAGGAGGACAUCUACAUGUGGUAGGCUAGGCAUUGUUUUACAGUUUUAGUAGUUCCGACUCACACGUGAGACCCUGAAUCAAUGGACGGUUUCUUCCAUGUGUGA